ACUUCAAUCUGUUGGCUGUUGCAGCAGGUAGCAAAGUGACCCUGAGGACCUGAAUUCUCCCGUGGCUUCCGCGACUGGAGAAGGAGCGGCUACCAUGGAAGGGAUCAGUAUAUACACCUCAGAUAACUACUCAGAGGAAUUGGGCUCAGGGGACUAUGACUCUAUAAAGGAACCCUGCUUCCGGGAGGAAAGUGCCCAUUUCAACCGUAUCUUCCUGCCCACCAUCUACUCCAUCAUCUUUUUGACUGGCAUUGUGGGCAACGGAUUGGUGAUCCUGGUCAUGGGUUACCAGAAGAAAUUGAGAAGCAUGACGGACAAGUACAGGCUGCAUCUGUCAGUGGCCGACCUCCUUUUUGUCAUCACGCUUCCAUUCUGGGCUGUUGAUGCUGUGGCAAAUUGGUACUUUGGGAAAUUUCUAUGCAAAGCAGUUCAUGUCAUCUAUACUGUCAACCUGUAUAGUAGUGUCCUCAUCCUGGCCUUUAUCAGUCUGGACCGAUACCUGGCCAUUGUUCAUGCCACCAAUAGUCAGAGGCCAAGAAAGCUGUUGGCUGAAAAGGCGGUGUAUGUUGGCGUCUGGAUCCCUGCUCUCCUGCUAACUAUUCCUGAUUUCAUCUUUGCCAAUAUCAGUGAGGCAGAAGGGAAAUAUAUCUGUGACCGCUUUUACCCCAAUGACUUGUGGGUAGUUGUAUUCCAGUUUCAGCACAUCAUGGUUGGCCUUAUCCUGCCUGGUAUUGUCAUCCUGUCCUGCUAUUGCAUUAUCAUCUCUAAGCUGUCACACUCCAAGGGCCACCAGAAGCGCAAGGCACUCAAGACCACCGUCAUCCUCAUCCUGGCUUUCUUUGCCUGCUGGCUGCCCUACUACAUUGGGAUCAGUAUCGACUCUUUCAUUCUUCUAGAAAUCAUCAAACAAGGAUGUGAAUUUGAGAACACUGUGCACAAGUGGAUUUCCAUCACCGAGGCCCUUGCAUUUUUCCACUGUUGCCUGAAUCCCAUCCUCUAUGCCUUCCUUGGAGCCAAAUUUAAAACCUCAGCCCAGCAUGCACUCACCUCUGUGAGCAGAGGGUCCAGCCUCAAGAUUCUCUCCAAAGGCAAACGAGGUGGACAUUCUUCUGUUUCAACUGAGUCUGAGUCUUCAAGUUUUCACUCCAGCUAACGUUGAUGUAAAAGACUUUUUUUUUAAUAUGAAAAAGAACUUUUUUUUAAGUUACACGUUUUUCAGAUAUAAAAGACUGACCAAUACUGUACAGUUUUUAAUGACUGUUGGAUUUUUGUCUUGUGUUUUUUAGUUUUUGUGAGGUUUAAUUGACUUAUUUAUAUAAAUAUUUUUUUGUUUGUUUCAUGUUAAUGAGUGUCUAGGCAGGACCUGUGGCCAAGUUCUUAGUUGCUGUAUGUCUGGUUGUAGGACUUUAGAAAAGGGAACUGAACAUUCUAGAGUGUGUAGUGAAUCACGUAAAGCUAGAAAUUAUCCUCAGCUGUUUGUGCAUAAAUAAUCUUUCCAUUCCAGUGGAACAUCUUUUUAUUUCUCCCCUUUUCUUAAGUUGUUUGGUUACACUGUGUGAUUUUGCUCUAGAAGACAGCACUUAUAACCAAAGUCUUAAGUGGUAUAAAAAUACUGGUUUUUCAGUUUUCAGGAAUGGGUUGAUUUCAGCACCUACAAUGUACAGUCUUGUAUUAAGUUGUUAAUAAAAGUACAUGAUAAACUUC